AUGUCUAAAUAAGUUACUAUAAAAGAAGCUGCUUAAGAAUUCGGUUUAAAGUUUUCUACUUCUAAAGCAAUUUUACAAACUUUUAGAAAAGAAGGAAGAAUAGGAAAGAAACAGAAAAGAUAAAGAAAAAUUUAAAGUUUUAAAUAAACUUUUG